AUGAGACCUGAAGUUGAGCAAGAGCUUGCUCAUACCCUAUUGCUCGAGCUUCUGGCUUACCAGUUUGCAUCUCCUGUAAGAUGGAUUGAAACUCAAGAUGUUAUCCUCUCCCCUCCCGUAUCAGCAGAGCGUCUAGUCGAAAUUGGCCCUAGCCCUACUCUUUCUGGUAUGGCUAGACGUACUUUGAAGCUGAAGUACGAAAAUAUGGAUGCUGCUUUGAGUAUUAAUCGUGAAGUCUUGUGUUAUGCAAAGGACGGUCGCGAAAUCUACUAUAACUUUGAAGAUGAGAUGCCUGAUGAGCCUGCUCCUGCUAAGCCUGCCGAAACUGGAGCUGCCCCGGCUGCCGCUUCUGCUCCCGCUCCAGCUGCUGCUCCUGCUCCGGCCGCUGCUCCAGCUGCUGCUUCUGGCCCAGCUGCGGAGUUACCUGAUGAACCUCCUAAAGCUGUCGAAGUUCUUCAUUCCCUUGUUGCACAAAAACUCAAGAAGAGCAUUGAAGAGAUUUCUUUGCAAAAAUCUAUUAAAGAUCUUGUUGGUGGUAAGUCUACCCUUCAAAACGAGAUCUUGGGUGAUUUGCAAAAGGAGUUUGGUGCUACCCCAGAAAAACCAGAAGAAGUUCCUUUGGACGAGCUUGCUGGCGUCUUACAAAUGUCUUUUAGCGGCUCCCUUGGAAAGCAAUCAAGCUCUUUGAUUUCCCGUAUGGUUUCUUCAAAGAUGCCCGGUGGUUUUAAUAAUUCCGCUGUUCGUGGUUACUUGAGCUCUCGCUUCGGCCUCGGUACUGGGCGUACUGAGUCGGUUCUUUUGCUAGGUUUGACCAUGGAACCUGCUUCUCGUCUACCAUCAGAGGCAGACGCCAAAGCCUGGCUUGACUCUGUGUCCCAAAAAUACGCCUCUCGUGCUGGUGUUACCCUCUCUGCUCCCAGCACCGAGGGUUCUUCUUCCGGUGGUUCGUCCGCUGUUAUCGAUGAAGAAACUUUCAAGAAGCUUACAAAGGGCAAUACUAUGCUUGUUACCCAACAACUAGAGUUAUUCGCUCGCUAUCUUAACAAAGACUUGCGUGCUGGUGACAAAGCUAAUGUUGCCGAGAGAGCUGUUUCUGACGCCUUGCGUGCUCAGUUAGAUCUCUGGAAUCUUGAACACGGUGAAUUUUAUGCUUCUGGUAUUGCUCCCAUCUUUUCUUCUUUGAAGGCUCGUGUUUAUGAUUCUGACUGGAACUGGGCUCGUCAGGAUGCUCUUAAAAUGUUCUUCGAUAUUAUUUUUGGUCGUCUUAAACAUGUUGAUACCGAAAUUGUCGCUCGUUGUAUUUCUAUUAUGAACCGUUCUAAUCCUCUUUUACUUGAAUUUAUGCAAUACCAUAUCGAUCAUUGCCCCUCUCAAAAUGGCGAAACUUAUCAACUCGCCAAAACUUUGGGCCAACAACUCAUUGAUAAUUGCAAAGGUGUACUUGAGUCUCCACCUGUAUAUAAGAAUGUUAAUCACCCUAUGGCUCCCUCAACCACUAUUUGUGAGCGUGGCUAUUUGAACUAUGAAGAAGUACCCAGAGCCGGUGUUCGUAAGCUUACCCAUUAUGUUACCGAGAUGGCCAAGGGUGGAAAAUUACCAGCUGAAUCUAAGAAUACUGCUAAGGUCCAAAAUGACUUGGCUCAUAUUUACCGCAUUAUCAAGGAUCAAAAUAAGAUGUCUCGUUCCUCCAAGUUACAAAUCAAGCAACUCUAUGGUCAGGUUCUUCAUGCACUUAACCUUCCUUUACCUUCUUCUGAUGAAGCUACUCCAGUAAAGGAAACUAUUCCUUUCUUACAUCUUAAGAGAAAGUCUAGUGAUGCCUUUGAAUUCAGCAAAAGUUUCACCGGUGUUUAUCUGGACGUCUUGGAAAAUGGUGCCAGAAAUGGUAUUACUUACCAAGGAAAGUAUGCUCUUGUCACCGGAGCUGGUGCUGGUUCUAUUGGUGCCCAACUCGUUGAAGGUCUUAUUGCAGGUGGUGCUAAGGUCGUUGUUACCACUUCUCGUUUCUCUCGUAAGGUCACUGAGUUUUAUCAAUCCAUGUUUACUCGUCAUGGAAGUCGCGGUUCCGCUUUAAUUGUUGUUCCAUUCAACCAAGCAUCGAAGCAAGAUGUCGAAGCUCUCGUCGAUUAUAUUUUCGACGAAAAGAACGGUCUUGGAUGGAAUUUAGAUUUCAUUGUUCCUUUUGCUGCCGUCCCCGAAAAUGGUCGCGAAAUUGACAACAUUGACUCUCGUUCUGAAUUUUCUCACCGCAUCAUGCUUACCAAUAUCCUUAGAUUACUAGGUGCCGUUAAGCAACAAAAGGAAUCUCGUGGUAUGGACACUCGUCCCGCCCAAGUUAUCCUUCCCCUUUCUCCUAAUCACGGUACAUUUGGCAAUGACGGUCUUUAUUCCGAGUCUAAGCUUGGUUUGGAGACUCUCUUCAACCGUUGGUCUUCUGAGUCUUGGGGCAACUACUUGACCAUUUGUGGUGCCGUCAUAGGCUGGACUCGUGGUACUGGUCUGAUGGCUCCUAAUAAUAUUGUCUCUCAAGGCAUUGAGAAAUACGGUGUUCGCACCUUCUCUCAAACUGAAAUGGCCUUCAAUAUUUUGGGUUUGAUGUCUCAAAAGAUUGUCGACCUUUGUCAAACCGAGCCUGUUUAUGCCAAUCUUAACGGUGGUCUUGAACUCCUUCCUGAUCUCAAGAAUCUUAGUACCCGUCUCCGUGGCGAACUUUUGGAAACUGCUGAAGUCCGCCGCGCUGUAGCUGCUGAAGCUUCUUUCGAUCAUAAAAUCACCAACGGUCCUGGUUCUGACAGAAUAUACCAGAAAACCACUGUUCAACCCAGAGCUAACCUGAAGUUUGAAUUCCCCAAGCUCAAGUCAUAUGAAGCUCUUUCUCAUCUCUCUGAUCUCCGUAAUAUGGUUGAUUUAGAAAACGUUGCCGUAGUAACUGGCUUUUCUGAGGUUGGACCAUGGGGUAACUCUCGCACUAGAUGGGAUAUGGAAUGUUAUGGUGAAUUUUCUUUAGAAGGUUGCAUAGAAAUCGCAUGGAUUAUGGGUCUCAUCAAAAAUUUCAACGGUGUUGGUAAGAACGGUAAACCUUAUUCUGGCUGGAUUGAUGCAAAGACUGGCGAGCCUGUCGACGAUAAAGAUGUUAAAGGCAAGUACGAAAAGUACAUCUUGGAGCAUUGUGGUAUUCGUAUUAUUGAGCCUGAACUCUUUAAAGGAUAUAACCCUGAUAAGAAGGAAUUACUCCAGGAAGUCGUUAUUGAUCACGACCUCGAACCAUUUGAGGCAUCCAAGGAAGCUGCCCAUGAGUUCAAGCUUCGUCACAAUGAUAAUGUUGAAAUUUUUGAAAUUCCUGACUCCAGUGAAUGGUCCGUUCGCUUCAAACGUGGUACUACCAUGUUGGUUCCUAAAGCCCUUCGUUUUGAUAGAUUCGUAGCUGGGCAAAUCCCAUUGGGUUGGGAUCCUAAACGUUUUGGUAUUCCUGACGACAUCAUCUCACAAGUCGACCCCACCACUUUAUAUGUUUUGGUUUCUACUGUUGAGGCUCUGAUUUCUUCUGGUAUCACCGAUCCUUAUGAAUGUUAUAAAUAUAUUCAUGUCUCUGAACUUGGUAAUACUAUCGGCUCUGGUAUUGGUGGUAUGUCCGCUUUACGUGGAAUGUACAAAGAUCGUUGGACAGAUAAGCCAGUUCAAAAGGACAUUUUGCAGGAAUCUUUCAUUAACACUGCUAAUGCUUGGAUUAACAUGCUUCUCCUUUCUGCUUCUGGCCCUAUUAAAACUCCCGUUGGUGCUUGUGCCACCGCCGUUGAGUCCGUUGAUGCAGCUGUUGAUUUGAUUUCUUCUGGUAAGGCUCGUAUCUGUAUUAGCGGUGGUUUCGAUGACUUCUCUGAGGAAGGAUCGUACGAAUUUGCUAAUAUGGGUGCAACCGUUAAUGCUGCCGAAGAAACUAAGCGUGGACGUACUCCUCAAGAAAUGUCUAGACCCGCUACCACUACCCGUAAUGGUUUUAUGGAAUCUCAAGGUGCUGGUGUUCAAAUUGUCAUGCAAGCCAAACUCGCUAUUGAUAUGGGUGUUCCCAUUCAUGGUAUAGUCGGGCUUGUUAAUACUGCUAUGGACAAGCAAGGUCGCUCAAUUCCUGCUCCUGGUAAGGGUAUCUUGACUGGUGCUCGUGAGGUUGCCUCUAAGGUUCCUUUGCCUCUCCUUGACAUUAAAUUCCGUGCUCGUCAACUUCAACGUCGUCGUCAACAAAUUGGUGACUGGGCUGAACGUGAAUAUCUUUAUCUAGAUGAGGAGCUUGAAGCUAUGAAAGUUCAAGAUCCUGAAUUGGAAAUCAGCGUUUAUCGCACCGAGCGCAUUAACGUUAUCGGGGAAGAAGUUGCUCGCCAAGAGAAGGAAGCUCUUAAUACUUUCGGUAAUGAGUUUUACAAGCGUGAUCCUACUAUUUCUCCUCUUCGCGGUGCUUUGGCUGUUUGGGGUCUUACCAUUGAUGACUUGGGUGUCGCUUCGUUCCAUGGUACAUCUACUGUUGCCAACGAAAAGAAUGAAUGUGAUGUUAUAAACAGUCAAUUAACACAUCUUGGUCGCUCAAAGGGUAACGCAAUUUACGGUGUUUUCCAAAAAUACCUCACUGGCCACAGCAAGGGUGGUGCUGGUGCCUGGAUGCUUAACGGUGUUUUGCAAAUUCUCAACAGUGGUUAUGUUCCUGGUAACCAUAAUGCUGAUAACAUUGACCAAUACUUGUCUAAGUUCGACCGUGUUAUGUUCCCUAGUGAAGGUAUUCAAACGGAUGGAAUUAAGGCUGCUUCCGUCUGCGCUUUCGGUUUCGGACAAGUUGGUGGUCAGGUCAUUGCUAUUCACCCUGAUUACCUUUUUGCCACUUUAGACAAGUCAGCUUAUGAGAGUUACAUUGCUAAAACUUUGGACCGUUAUAAGGCUUCGUAUCGCUAUACUCACGAUGCCUUGGUUUAUAACAACCUUGUUCGUGCCAAGACUGCCCCUCCUUAUACCGCUGAUCAAGAACAUGAUGUUUAUCUUAACCCUCUUGCACGCGUUGUCAAGGGUAAGGAUGGAUUAUAUUCUUUCCCUACUUCUCUUCCUGCCGAAGCUAAAGUCUCCAAAUCCAAUGAAACAACCAAGGCUAUUGAAGCUUUGGCUAGUAACAUGACGAAACCAAACCAGAAUGUUGGUGUCGAUGUGGAGCUCAUUUCUUCGAUAAACGUGGAAAAUGAAACCUUCCUUGAAAGAAAUUUCACCGAUGCUGAGCGUUCUUAUUGUGAAGCUGCUGCCAACCCUCAAUCUAGCUUCGCUGGCCGUUGGUCGGCUAAAGAGGCUAUCUUCAAGUCUCUUGGUGUCGCUAGCAAGGGUGCAGGAUGUGCAUUGAACGAGAUUGAAAUUGUUGUCUCCUCAACUGGAGCUCCUGAGGUUGUUUUACACGGAGAAGCUGCCUCUGCUGCUUCCACUGCUGGUGUCAAGAGUGUUUCUGUUAGUAUUUCUCAUGAUGAUGUCCAAAGCGUCAGUGUCGCUAUUGCUCAAAAGUAA